AAUAAAAACAAAAACAAAAACCAGCGGAAGCGAAAACAACGAUAGAAAACCACAAACAACAAUUUUCAGAUUCCUUCUUCCUCGCCUUCCUUCUUUCAUCCCAACACUUUAUUGUAUUUUCCCAGGAAAAUCUCUCUCUCUCUCCCCUGCUACGAAUCAACAAAAACUUCAACGAGAGAGAGAGAAGAUCAAGAUCGAAGGGAGAAGAAAAGCAAAAGGAGGGUUUUUAUGGCAAGAACCAACAACAACAAAUACACCUCCAUCAACUUCAACCACAUCCUCCACAAAGACCACAUCCCUUCCUCCUCCUCCUCCUCCUCCUCCGCCGCCUCCGCCGGUUCCUACUCCGCCGUCGCUCGCUCCCAUGGCCGCAUGCUCGUCCUCUCCCGACCUUCCCAGAAGCCACUGACAACGAAGCCCCUUAUCUCUCCCACCUCCGCUGCCGGCACGGCCGCUACCACGCCGCCGAUCUCGCCUAUUCCGUCUCUCACCCCGAGAACUCUGGAUCAAGCUCCCUCCGACCGGGAUCCGGAUCAGAUCUCACUUCGUCCUCUCGGUCGCACAGGUUCUGGUCCUGCUUCUGUCCCGUCGAUAUCAUCUCCGGUUUCAAAUCCGGAGGUGGGUUCUCCGGUUAAUCCGGUUGAAUCGUCCAGACCGGACAGGUUCGUGCCGCCGCAUCUCCGGCCGGGUUUCGUCGGGAGGGAGGCGACACCUGGACCCGACGCGUUCCGAAUCAAGGAUCCGGGUCGAAGAUCGCCUCACCAGCAACAUCAUCAUCAUCAGCCGCAGCAGCAACAAAGACAAGGCUAUUUCGGGUCGCCGGGUCGGUACGGGCAGAACGGGCGGCCGAAAUCGGGUGGGUAUGAGAGGAUCCGCACGGAUCCGGACAAUUUGGGUCGACCCAGAUCGAGCGGAAGCCGUCUCGGUUCGACAUGAUGAUGAGUCUGAUCCAUCCGACGACGACGACGACGAUCCCGGGGAACGAAAGAUUAGACAGUGUUGUUCUUCGGUAUAUCGAUGAAAGAGGGCUUUGAUCAAGUUGGGUAGAUUCUAAGUAGAUGUAUUUGAUGGGAUCAAAUCAAACAGAUGGAUUACUUGUUACAGGGAAAGGCUUAGAAGCUGCUUCUUCUCUCUCUGCUUGUUGUUAUGAUAAUAGUUCCUGACCCAAUCUCACUUUGUAUGAGUUCUUGUCAUUGUUUACUUUUUCCAAAAUUCUGUUUAGACAUUGUGACAAGAGAGAAUAAAUAUUUUGGCUUUGGUACUCAA